AUGAGCACCCCAGAGAAAGAGUUCAUCACCAAGUUCAUCUCGCUUGCGAGUUUGAAAACCUCUGAAUUAAGCGCUGAAAGUAAAAAGCCCCUUCACGAUGUUACGAAUUUGGGCGUGGCAUUGCCAGCUUUGAGAUAUAAAUAUGAUCACAAACGAGCAAAAAGGAGUGCAUUAUCUGGAUCAGCCUCCGCAACAAUCGAACUACGCCUGAAGUCUAUCCGUGCACCCAAAUUCUCUUAUUCUAGAGAGUUUUCCACUUCUCAAACUAUAUACCAGGUCAAACAAUACUUGGUCGAAGCUGAAGAAUCCAUCGUCGAUUCCUCGCAAAUCAAGGUCUUGCUGAAGGGAAAAGUCUUGCAUGAAAAUGUCUUGUUGUCCGACUUGAGGACUACCGAAGCCGAUUUAGUAGUAAUGGUCUCGAAAUUGGAUACACCCGCUCCUAUUCCACAGCCGGCCAGAGCUGACACGUUUCAGGUACCUUGGACCAAAAUCCAAGCAUUGUUACAAGGAGAAGUUGCAGACCCCAAGGAUGCGUCUACGAUGCUUGAACGACUAAAACAAGGUUGGCACGCAACAGAGCCAAGUGAUCUUGAUUAA